UUGUGCUGAAUCCCAAGCCAGUAGAGCACCUUUGCUAAAAGGUCAGGGUUAGUUUUACACUUUGGUACAUACUGAAUUUUUUUUACUUCAGUUUUUAGUACUAUUUUAAUAGGGCAUACAGGUUUAUAUCCUAAAUCAGAAUUUUUUUGGUGUUGUAUCAUCAGUUUGUACAGGCUUAAAUGUUUAUUGGGAUGUCUGGAUCAGUGCGGAAGCCAGAACAGUGAAGCUCACAGAUGUGAUAAUGAACAUUUUUUGUUGAGAAGCAGAGCUUGUGAUCUUUUUUGUCAUCAUUCGCGAUGGGUCAGCGACUCAGUGAGGAUUCGGACGAUAAAGAGAUUGAUGUUGCUGAACUGCAGGAGUGGUAUAAAAAGUUUGUGACUGAAUGUCCUAGCGGGACGCUCUUCAUGCACGAGUUCAAGAGCUUCUUUGGUGUAACUGAAAACCCAGAAGCAGCCGGUUAUAUAGAAAACAUGUUUCGUGCUUUUGAUAAAAAUGGGGACAACACUAUUGAUUUUCUGGAAUAUGUUGCAGCCUUAAAUCUAGUGCUGCGAGGAAAGUUGGAGCACAAACUGAAAUGGACUUUUAAAAUGUAUGACAAGGACGGGAGCGGCUGCAUCGACAAAACAGAGCUCAGGGAGAUUGUGGAGUCAAUCUACCGCCUAAAGAAAGCCUGCCAUGGUGAACUUGAUGAAGAGUGUACCCUACUGACCCCAGAUCAGGUGGUGGACCGAAUAUUCGAGCUAGUGGAUGAGAAUGGAGAUGGGGAGUUGUCUCUGGAUGAGUUCAUCGACGGGGCUCGACGUGACAAGUGGGUGAUGAAGAUGCUGCAGAUGGACGUGAACCCCGGAGACUGGAUCAAUGAACAGAGACGCCGCAGCGCCAACUUCUGAACUCCAUAUUCACCAAGACAACCCUUAACUUAACCAGUAUAUACAGAGCAUGCAUAGCUUAGUCUUUGUCUUGGUUCUUUCAAGUGAAUUUAAAGCCAUCAGUCUUUUCUUUUUUAUUUUAAUGUAGUGGUGCAACUCCCAUUUAUUUCUUUGAAAAACAGAAUUAAUUCUAUCUACAUGUAAAUAUUCAUGUUUUCCUUGUGGUUUGUUACAUUCUUGUUAGGAUUUGUUAAAGGCUCACUUUCAUGACUGACUGGAUUUCUGACUUUCUAUUAUUAUUAUUCUGCAGAUGAGGUGCAUUUGAGUUUACUGUAUGUGGCAUAUUACUCAACUUAGAAACAACAGCAAUUCAUUUCAAAUUGGCAUAUCUGAUGUUUGUAAAUACAUGAAUAUUGUAAAGAGUGAAGUCCCUGGAA